AAAAGUGAAGCGUUGCGUGCGGUUGUCUCUCUCCACACUCCAUAAAACAAUUACAAGUACAUCAUUUUUCAUUCUCGUUCAGCAAGCAAACAUCGCUGACUCGUUUGUGGUGUUAGCAUCGUAAAUACAUAUUGUACAAGCCGUUUUUAGAUUUAAACCGAGCCACGCCCACUUGAAAAUGUUUGCGCUGCGCACGUUGCUGCUGCUGGCGGUGAGCGCCACCGUGGCGCUGGCCCAGCGUCGUCUGGCGCUGCCGGAUCCGCGCAGCUGCGCCAAUCGUGUGCGGCAUGCCACCUACCGGGACGCCAGAGGCGUCUCGCACUCAUACUUCUUCAGCUGGGAGCAUGCGCCGACGCGCAGCCUGGAGGUGGACUGGCUGGAUGCGCGCAACAUUUGCCGGCGGCACUGCAUGGAUGCCGUCUCGCUGGAGACGCCCCAGGAGAAUGACUUUGUGAAGCAGCGCAUCGCGCGUGGCAAUGUGCGUUACAUCUGGACGUCGGGCAGAAAGUGCAACUUUGCUGGCUGCGAUCGGCCCGAUCUGCAGCCACCCAAUGAGAACGGCUGGUUCUGGUCCGGCUCUGGCGGCAAGAUUGGACCCACAUCGCAGCGCAACACCGGCGACUGGUCGCAAACGGGCGGCUACAACCAACCGCAGCCGGAUAAUCGCGAGGCCGCCCAGGGCAACGACGAGAGCUGCCUUUCCAUUCUGAACAACUUCUACAACGAUGGCAUCAAGUGGCACGACGUCGCCUGCCAUCACAUCAAGCCCUUCGUUUGCGAGGAUUCCGAUGAGCUGCUCAAUUUUGUGCGCUCCCGAAAUCCCAAUGUGCGCUUGUAAAUCUAAAAUAAAACUUAAAAUAAGCUUAAAAAAUGAAAAACAGGAAACACAAGAAAUAUUUAUGUACCAUUAAACGGGGUAGCCUGAUUGGUUGUCUGAUUGACUGAUUGAUCAGAUGCUUGCCCAGCGCUUUUGGCCAAUUA